CUUUCAGUGGAGCCUCGCUUCCCUCAAGUUCAUUCCGCGCCUGGCGUUCAUACUCCCACAGGCCUCCAUUCUAGCUCCUUCAUCAAGACCCCGACUCUGUCCAACUAUCUUCUGAAUCUCGCCCACUGCUACUCCCCAAACCAACCCCCCGCCCUUUUCGGAACGGCACCAUUUUCUUUUAUCACAUUCCUAUCACUAGUCUCAAAAUCAGAGUCAACGUUCGGCAGCAGAAGGCAGUAUCGGAUAGGAAAACCUUGGUUAUAUCUACCUUGGCCCGAGGUAACAUGACCACUCCUCCUUGAUUUCCACCACCGGGCUCGAUGCACUUCUCAGAAGCUCCGAGAACCUGUCCAGAGGGCGGGAUGGAAUCAAUACCUCUUCCAGCAGACGGGGAAACCACUCUUGCAGAGCUCUCCACCGCCCUAGAGCGUCUCUCGGGCACCGAACAAUUAUCUCAAGCACAAAUCCUAGACGCGUACUGCAGAUGGCUGUACCAUGCCGUUGGCCAUCUCGAUCAAUCUGAAGAGAAAGAGCACGCGGCUCAGAUAUUCGCUUGGUGUGCCUCACUUUACGCUCAAAACUUCACGACGGGCGACAUCUUGGACUCCUUCAAGCAGUUCUCCGCCAGGCAAACCGCCUCAGACCCUUGCUCCUUGAGAAGAACCCAGCUCGCCAUGCAGGAGAUCGAUCGCAUUACCUCGCCUCCCGUCAAGAACACUCCCCCAGCCACUUCCGACACCGAGACGCAACUACCUGUCCGCCAGCCUUUUGGAAACGGGGUUGAUACUCCCAUGAGGAAGCUAUCAAUUGUCGGUCACAAGGGUUCCCAGCAGCGAAAGGGUGACGGGAAGAAGGACAAGCAGAGAAAUAGUUCUUCCUCGACGUCGUUGGCACCAAAGGCUGGCUAUGUUUGUAGCCGCUGCGGCGUUCCUGGUCAUUUUGUUCACCUGUGUCCCACCAAUCUCGAUCCAGCUUAUGAUAAGACGCCGAAAAGCUACAGGUGUCACAUAUGCCGCGAGGUAGGACAGCAUAUCACCAGUCUUUGCCCUCGCAACGCGGACAAGUCUUCCCUCUACCAGCGGCGCCUCCGUGCGCAGCACCAAGGCGCGAGGCCCGCCAGUAGAGGGCGGACGAGAGAACCAAGCCCGAGCGGAGCAAGAGACCGUAGCAUCCCGAGGUCUAUGCCUGCAAGGCAGGACUGGGACGAGCGCAGGGACGAGAACAGGCACCGAUACCGAAGCAAGUCGAGGCACAGGGACGACGAAAGGCACCGGUAUCGAAGCAAGUCUAGAUACAGAGACGAUGUCAUCGACAAAUACCGGAGCAGGUCAAAGUACGGUGAUGAAGACAGGCACCGACACCGAAGCAAGUCGAGGUAUAGAGACAAGAGCCGAGUGAGAAGCCCUUCCAAAGGUAGAAGGGAGCUUUCUCCAAUCGCAUACUCGAGGAGGUACAACAGGUCUCGGUCUCCAAAGCGACUUAGACUCGAGGACUGGGAGCAAAGCUCAAGCAUGGGUACAGGAUCUGCCUAUGGAAGUCGUCGCGGAAGCCCCCACAACACGAUACAAUCAUCGGAUCAAGGUUGGGCUCAUUCACGCCCCGGCCACUCAGUCACCCUUCGGUCUGCCGAUCGCACGGACACGGACAGCAACAGCCUGCGAGGUUCGGACGGCUGGUCGAGCCGAGGUGGAACGCAAUCCCCUUGGACACGGCCUAUUGAAAAGGGCUCACAUUCUCCCUGUCUCCAUCCUGGACGGGAGUCUAGCCACACGACGACCGCUACAGACCAGGGAGAGGCCAUGCGACUCGCUCUCGCUGAGGCCGAUCGUUUUCUAGAGGCCUUGGGAGAGGAGUUGCUUGCCCAGGCCGCCCAACCGCCGUCUAAGGAUGCGGGAAUGGCACGCGACGACCCUGAAAUCGGCUCCGAGAACGACAGCCUAGAGAAUGGAGCCCCAGCCCCAGACCCCCAGGCUUUGGGAGACAUCAUACCAGUCUCGCGAUGCUCGCCCGCAGUUCAGAGAGCCAUGAAAAACCGCGAGAUAACCCGGGUAUGUCUGGCUAAUCGGAUGUCGGCCCUCGACCUGUGGGACAAGAAGCACGAUUGAGUGAUCAACAGGGGCAAGGACGGUUGAGGGGCGAUGCACGGGGGAAUGUUCUUGCCCUCGGGAAGUCGGGGGUUUAUGAACGAAUGCGCAUAUCCAGUUGCAUCCGGCACUGCGCCCGCGGUUGUGUAUCUAUCUAUCAGAUAGACGGAUGUGGCGCGCUAUCUCUAUACAUGCUCAUGACUGCCCCUACAGAUACCCCAUGCAGUUGUGGAUGCCCUUUUCCCAACCGUGUCUAGAAUAGGUUGAUAGCCACCUAGGUAGAUAGGUAGCCGUGAACAUACCGGCUGUUCCCAUGGUCCUCGUCAAGC